GAAUGUAUCUACACUUUGAUAUAGCAGGUGGGGGCUGAUGAAAAUAUUGGUUGACAACUACCAAACUUGUUGAAGUUGUAGCUUUCAAGGCUACAGCUUCCGUUUUUUAUAUGUCGGAAAGGCUACACCAAUCACAAAAUCUUUAAUUUCAGUGUUCGCAAACGCGGCCUCAGUUCACAAAAUCUUUCUACCCUUCAGCCUCGAAUCAUCAUACCCAAGAGGUUGCCGGUCCCCAUCACUCUCCCUUUAGGCGAACAGAGUUUAAUGGAUGAGGUAAGUGAAACAACAGCAAGUGGUGUGUGUAAAGCAAAUAGAAAUUUGGUGUUUGCCGUCAAUGGGGAAAGGUUUGAGCUCCCAAGUGCCGACCCUUCCACUACUUUGCUUCAUUUUUUGCGAUCCCAGACCCGUUUCAAGAGCCCCAAACUUGGCUGUGGUGAAGGUGGCUGUGGAGCAUGUGUAGUCCUUCUCUCAAAGUAUGACCACAUGAAUGAACGAGUAGAAAAUCACACAGUCAGCUCAUGCCUCACCCUCCUUUGCAGUAUAAGUGGUUGUUCAGUUACAACAAGUGAAGGCAUUGGAAACACUAAGCAUGGCUUCCACCCAAUUCACCAAAGAUUUGCCGGUUUCCAUGCUUCUCAAUGCGGCUUCUGCACUCCCGGAUUGUGCAUUUCACUGUUCUCUGCUCUUCUCGAUGCUGACAACCACCUUCAUCGGCCCGACCCCCUGCCGGGAUUCUCCAAGCUAACUGCCUCUGAAGCCGAAAGGGCAAUUACAGGGAAUCUUUGCCGUUGUACUGGAUAUCGUCCUAUAGCUGAUGCUUGCAAGAGUUUUGCAUCUGAUAUUGAUAUCGAAGAUUUGGGUUUCAAUUCUUUUUGGAAAAGGGAGGACAAAGAUAUCAGGGAAGUGAAAAUAAAAAAAUUGCCAUUUUAUUACCCAAGUAGCAAUAUCUGUGUAUAUCCUGAAUUUUUGAAAACUGAAUUCAAGUCUGCUAUUCAGUUGGGCUUCCAAAGACACCCUUGGUAUUCCCCUGUUAGUUUGGAGGAGCUACAAGGCUUGUUGGGCAGUAAAAUAGCUGAAAACGGUGAACGCGUUAAGCUUGUUGUUGGUAAUACUGGAACAGGCUAUUAUAAAGAACGUGAAGAAUAUGACAUAUACAUUGACCUUAGGCAUAUCCCAGAUCUCUCGGGGUUUAAGAGGGACAGCAUGGGAAUUGAAGUUGGAUCCGCUGUUACCAUAUCUAAACUGAUAUCGAUCUUAAGAGAUGCACCUAAAGAUGAUUCACACUCAUCAGGCGAGAUCAUCUUUAAAAAAAUUGCUGACCAUAUGGAGAAAAUUGCUUCAGGCUUCAUUAGAAACACGGCUAGCAUUGGGGGUAAUUUGGUUAUGGCACAUAAGAAUUGGUUCCCGUCUGAUAUAUCUACUGUGUUUCUUGCACUGGGGUCAAGUGUUACUAUAAUGACAGCUGCCAAACGUGAGAAGCUCACACUGGAGGAGUUCUUGGAUCGACCAGAGUUUGACUCGGCAAGGACCGUGCUACUAAGCGUGUGGGUCCCGUUUUGGACACCAAUGAAAACUGGUGGCCACACAUUGCUUUUUGAAUCAUACCGGGCCUCACCCCGGCCCCUUGGAAAUGCAUUGGCAUAUGCAAAUGCUGCCUUCUUGGCUGACGUUAAUCUGACCAAAAAUGGGUAUUUGGUAAACUUUAUUCAUUUGGCUUAUGGAGCGUUUGGGACAAAACAUGCAGUCCGGGCAAGAAAGGUUGAGGAUUAUCUAACGGGGAAAAUAAUAAAUGUCAAUGGUUUGUAUGAAGCAGUUAAACUAGUAAAGGUAACUGUGGUUCCUGAAAGGGGAACAACUUACCCUGAGUUCCGAUCAAGCUUAAUUGCUGGUUUUCUUUUCAAGUUCUUUCAUGGCUUCAUUGGUGUUGAUCCUGCUUUUGUUGAAGAUGAGUCAAAAGUAAGUAAUUACAAUAAAUACUUUUGUGUAAGUGACAAACAAGCGUUGAUAUCCUCUGCAAAGCAGUCUGUGGAAUACACUAAGGAGUACUAUCCAGUGGGUGAACCGAUAACAAAAUCCGGAGCUGCCAUCCAAGCUUCUGGUGAAGCUGUUUAUGUAGAUGAUAUUCCAUCUCCACUGGACUGUCUAUAUGGAGCAUUCAUUUAUAGUACACGACCUUUUGCAAGGGUAAAAGGCAUCAAUUUUAAGUCUAAUUUACUACCAAAUGGGGUAGUCGAUGUUAUGACUUUCAAAGAUGUCCCUAGCCGAGGGGAAAAUAUAGGGGCUAAAACCAUGUUUGGCCCAGAACCUCUAUUUGCUGAUAAUUUUACCAGAUGUGCGGGUGAUCGAAUUGCUUUUGUGGUUGCAGACAGUCAAAAGCAUGCAAAUACAGCAGCAGACAUGGCUAUUGUUGAGUAUGACACUGAAAAUUUGGAUCCUCCUAUCUUAACAGUUGAGGAUGCUGUUAAGAAAUCAAGCUUUUUUGAAGUCCCUUCAAUCAUAUCCCCGAAAGGUGUUGGUGAUUUUUCUAAAGCAAUGGCCAAAUCAGAGCACAAGAUUAUCUCAGCAAAGAUUAGUCUCGGGUCACAAUACUACUUCUAUAUGGAGACACAGACUUCUCUAGCAGUUCCAGAUGAAGACAAUUGCAUGCUUGUCUAUAGUUCAAGUCAGUGCCCAGAAUCUGCACAAAGCGUGAUUGCCAGCUGCUUGGGGGUUCCUGAGCAUAAUAUCCGGGUGAUUACAAGAAGGGUUGGAGGAGGCUUUGGUGGCAAGGCAGUUAGAGCUAUGCCUGUUUCCACAGCAUGUGCACUUGCUGCUCACAAAUUGAACCGCCCCGUCAGGACAUACCUGGAUCGGAAGACUGACAUGAUCAUGGCAGGGGGAAGGCAUCCCAUGAAAGUAACAUACACUGUUGGAUUUAUGUCCAGUGGAAAGAUCACGGCCUUACAUCUCAACAUUCUAAUCAAUGCGGGGAUAACAACAGACAUAAGUCCCGUCAUACCAAUGAACAUGAUAGGGGCAAUUAAGAAAUACGAUUGGGGUGCCCUCUCUUUUGACGUUAAGGUGUGCAAGACGAACCAUUUUAGCAAGUCAGCGAUGAGGGGGCCCGGUGAGGUACAAGGAAGUUUUAUUGCUGAAGCUGUAAUGGAACAUGUGGCAGCUGUACUCUCAAUGAACGUGGAUUCUAUCAGAACCAAAAACCUUCACACUUUUGAAAGCCUUAAUUUAUUCUACGGGCAUAGUGUGGGUGCUUUAGUGGACUACACUUUGCCAAACAUUAUGGAGAGAUUGAGCAGAUCUUCAAACUUCUUAGAAAGAAGUGAGAUGAUUGAGCGAUUCAACCAGGAAAAUGCAUGGAAGAAAAGGGGCAUUUCUAGGGUCCCAGUUGUGAUUCACGUUACACACAGACCAACUCCAGCAAAAGUGAGCAUUUUGCGUGAUGGGUCAGUGGUGGUUGAGGUUGGUGGGAUUGAAUUGGGACAAGGGCUGUGGACAAAGGUAAAACAGAUGGCUGCUUACGGACUUGGUUUGACUCAUUGUGAUCACACAGAUGUGCUUGUGGAUAAGAUACGGGUUGUACAGUCAGACACUUUAAGCUUGGUACAAGGCGGUUUUACUGCGGGAAGCACCACAUCAGAAUCAAGCUGUGAAGCUGUAAGGCUUUGUUGCAACGUUUUGGUUGAAAGGCUGAACCCGGUGAAGGAAAAGUUGCAGGAACAACUAGGGUCAGUUGAUUGGACUACACUUAUUCUCCAGGCACAUGAUGCAGCUGUGAACUUGGGGGUGAAUUCAUACUAUGUUCCGGACUACAAUUCCAUGAGUUAUUUGAAUUACGGGGCGGCUGUUAGUGAGUGCAGGUAGAAAUAGAUGUUCUGACGGGAGAAUCCAGAAUUAUGCGAACAGAUAUAAUAUAUGAUUGUGGACAGAGCUUAAACCCUGCUGUUGAUUUGGGACAGAUUGAAGGAGCAUUUGUGCAAGGAGUGGGGUUUUUCAUGCUCGAAGAAUAUGUAUCAAACAAGGAGGGGUUGGUGGUUUCUGAUGGAACUUGGACAUAUAAGAUCCCAACCAUUGACUCUAUCCCGCAACAAUUCUAUGUUGAUGUACUCAACAGUGGGCAUCACCAGAAUCGUGUCCUCUCAUCUAAAGCCUCAGGAGAGCCACCACUUCUUCUGGCAGCUUCAGUCCACUGUGCAACAAGAGCAGCAAUCAAGGCGGCCAGGAAACAGGUCAAAGCUUGGGGCAAGAAGCUACACGACGAUGAUUACGGCCUUGACUCUCACUUCCAUUUGGAGGUUCCUGCCGUCAUGCCAGUCGUCAAGACACAUUGUGGCUUGGAUUACGCUGAGAAGUUCCUCCAAUUUUUGCUUGCCCAAAAGCUGUAGUCAUAAAAACCCUGGCCGCCAGUCUUAUUCAUCCAUCUGUAACUAUGCAUAGUUAUAGAUCUAUAUAUAAUGAGUAAAAUGCAGAAAUGGUCCUUAAACUAUCAUCACCAUAUCGUUUUGGUCCUUCAACUACUAAAUAUAUCAUUUUAGUCCUUAUUCUAUCUAAUGCAUUUUAAUUCGGUCCUUCCGUUACUUUUGGCAGUUUACAAUUCACG